AUGGCUCUCCCUCUUACUCCUACGCACCCCGCGGUGCCCUCGCCUUCCGCACCUUCAGCACCAGGUUACUUUGACCUUUCUGCUCUGCUCAAGGCAAAGAUGUCUCGUCCCGAAUCUCCAAACAGCAACAGCGACAAGACUGCCCGCUCCUCCUUCUCCUCCGUCCGGGAGAACGACGAUGGCUUAGCUCAGACUUUCACACGUUCCAAGAUUUCAUCCUACACUCAAGGGACGGAAGAGGUAUUCGAUGAAUCACCCUCACCCUCGGCUGAGCUUGCAUCGCCUACUUUUCAGGCUCCUCUGACGCAGCCUCACAGUCGGCUUCAUGGAUUCUGGUUUCCCGCCGAUAACUUUCGCGGAUGGAAGCAGAUCCCCAUCAAGGGCAAAUCCGCCAGCCGCAGCUGCGAGGACCUUCAUAAGCUGUCCAUGACAUGGAGCUCUCCAGCACCUCCCGCUGUCACAAAGAAGCCUUCCCUCAAUGGUUACGAGACCGGAACCUCUCCUCUCGAGCGACUCCCCAGCGAAGUUCUAGGUUCCAUCAUUGACCUUCUCGUCAUCGAGAUCCCCCCGAAUGGCCUUACGCCGCGAAAUGCCGACCUCAUGGCUCUUUUACUGACUUCGCGAUCUAUUCAUGCUGCAACGCUCAACACCCUCUACCGUCACAUUACGAUCCCUCACUCUCGAAUCUUCCGAAAGUUCCUCGCGACCAUCACCGAGUACCCUGCCCUCGCCUCGAUCGUGCGGCGGCUGGACUUUAGCCACUUCAACCCCUCCACCAUUUUCUCGACUGCGAGCGAGCGAGCUCAGACUCGAAACUUGACCUCCGAGACCCUUCACAAAUGUCUCGAGCUAACCCCAUAUCUGCAGGAGUUCUUGGCCCAGGAGUACAUCGAUGAAGAUCUUGGACCUGAGGUGGUUAAGAAGCUCUUUUUCGAUAUGCCCAGGCUCCAAGCUGUUGAUUUCGCUGGCUGCUCCUCUCCUUUCUUCAAAAACUCCUUCAACAGCCUCCUCCAGGAACAGUGGCCCGAUUCUCUGACACUUACUCGCGUUUCAUUCCACAAGUGUCUGAACCUGCCAGGCUCUGUUUUUGAGGCUAUCCUACCUCGUCUUGAAAGAGCCACUCACCUCGAUCUCGCUGGAACCAGAGUGACCGACAAGGCUCUACAGAGCUUGCCUGAAACGGCAAGACUCACUCACCUCAACUUGGCCAAGUGCCGUGAGCUCACUUCUGAGGUAGUCGUCAAGUUCAUCACCACUCAUCCUGCUAUUACUCAGACCAUCACUGUUCUGAGCCUUGCUACUAAUGCCAGCAGCCACCUCCUGCUUGGCAAGGCCGACGUUGAUGCUAUCCUUCCUCGUCUGCCUCACACGAUCCGAUCGCUGAGUCUCAAGGGUAGCAGGAUGGAUCCCUCCCAGCUUCCUCUGCUCACCCCUCUGGUCCAGCAUCUUGAGGAGCUUGCUAUCGGCCGAGGCCUCGAUCUCCGCGAUAUUCACCAGCUCCUGUAUCAGGCUCAGGAGUGGAUUCCUCACAGCCUCCGAUACAUCGAUAUCUCCGACUUGGACACUAUCAUUGGCAGUGCUAGCGCUCUUCUCACCCCCGCUUCUGCACCUUUGCAAGUUAUCGAGCUCGAGGAGCGUGCAUACGAACGAGCAGCCAAGGCGAAGAAGAACCUUGAGCGCGCUGGGUGGACUCCCAAGGAGUUCGGCAGCCGAUACUGGCUGGUCCGCAUGGAAACCGACCUCGAUUGCGGCGCCCGGUGGUGGAAGCUGGGCGCUGAGAGCUGGGGCAUGAGGAAGAUCCCAGUCGCAAAGGCCGACGUCGGAGGCAUGCCCCGUGGCAAAGAUGGCCUCCUGCGACGUAACCGCGCCGAAGCGUGCCUUGCUUGCUCCUUGAAUAAGCUCGAAAUCAACGAUUAUACAGCUUUGGUGCUAGACGGCAUCAUGGCUCCCAAACCCGACACUCCGUUCCGCUCUGCGGACAUGAGUAUGGUCCAACUCUAUGUUUCCAAUGAAAUUGGUCGCGAAGUUGUUACUGCGCUCGGAGAGCUUGGCCUCUGUCAGUUCCGCGAUCUCAAUGAAAAUGUCAGCGCCUUUCAGCGUACUUUCACUCAGGAGAUUCGACGCCUCGAUAAUGUCGAGCGACAACUGCGAUACUUUUACGCGCAGAUGGACAAGAUUGGUAUCCCGCUCCGGAAGCUGGAUCUCGACGUCGAAAGACUUGCAUCUCCAUCAACUUCCGAAAUCGAUGAGCUUGCUGAGCGAAGCCAGAAGUUGGAACAGCGUGUUUCCGCCCUUAACGAGAGUUACGAGACUUUGAAGAAGCGCGAGGGCGACCUGACCGAGUGGCGAUGGGUUCUCCGCGAGGCCGGCAGCUUCUUUGACCGCGCUCACGGUAAUGUCGAGGAGAUUCGCGCUUCUACUGACAACGACGAUGCUCCCCUGCUGUCCGACAUCGAGCAGAACCAAGGUAGCGCCGAUGCCGAUCGCUCCUUCUCUGGCAUGAACAUUGGAUUUGUUGCUGGAGUCAUUGCUAGAGACAGGGUUGCUUCUUUUGAGCGCAUCCUCUGGCGAACUCUGCGCGGUAACCUUUACAUGAACCAGUCUGAGAUUCCCGAGCCCUUGAUUGACCCUAGCAACAACGAGGCCAUCAACAAGAACGUUUUCGUUAUCUUUGCUCACGGCAAGGAGAUUCUCAACAAGAUUCGCAAGAUCUCUGAGUCCAUGGGCGCCGAUGUUUACAACGUUGAUGAGAACAGCGACCUCAGACGUGACCAGAUUCACGAGGUCAACAACCGUCUCGAGGAUGUCCAGAACGUUCUUCAGAACACUCAGGCCACUCUUCAGGCAGAGCUCAACCAGAUCUCUCAGUCGCUCUCAGCCUGGAUGAUUCUUGUCGCUAAGGAGAAAGCUGUGUAUAAUGCCCUCAACAACUUCUCCUACGACAGCGCUCGACGUACUCUCAUCGCCGAGGCUUGGGUUCCGACCAACGAUCUUCCCCGGAUCAGGACGACACUCCAGGAAGUUACUAACAGAGCUGGCCUCUCCGUCCCUUCCAUUAUCAACAAGAUCCAGACCAACAAGACGCCGCCAACUUACCUCAAGACAAACAAGUUUACUGAGGGUUUCCAGACCAUCGUCAACGCUUACGGUACCGCCACUUACCAGGAAGUUAACCCGGCCAUCCCCGUCUUUGUUACCUUCCCUUUCUUGUUCGCUGUCAUGUUUGGUGAUUUUGGCCACGCCAUCAUCAUGCUUUCAGCCGCCCUCGCCAUGAUUUAUUGGGAGAAGUCACUCAAGAAGGUUAGCUUCGAGCUCUUUGCCAUGAUCUUCUACGGUCGUUACAUUGCCCUCGUCAUGGCUGUCUUUUCUGUCUUUACCGGUCUUGUCUACAACGAUGUCUUCUCCAUGUCCAUGACUCUCUUCCCCAGUGCGUGGGAGUGGAAGAAGCCUGAACAUUACACCAACACCACUUCUAUCGUUGCCACUUUGAACGAAGACGGUUACCGAUACCCCUUCGGUCUUGAUUAUGCUUGGCACGGUAGCGAGAACGACCUUCUCUUCAGCAACAGUUUGAAGAUGAAGAUGAGUAUCAUUCUGGGUUGGGCCCACAUGACUUACUCUCUCUGCUUCUCGUACAUCAACGCUCGCCACUUCAAGAAGCCUAUCGACAUCUGGGGUAACUUCAUCCCUGGUAUGAUUUUCUUCCAGUCUAUCUUCGGCUACCUUGUUCUCUGUAUCAUUUACAAGUGGUCUGUUGAUUGGAUCGCUAUCAAACAACAGCCUCCUGGUCUGCUCAACAUGCUCAUCUACAUGUUUCUUCAGCCUGGAACUAUCCCCGAGGGCCAAGAGCUCUACUCCGGACAAGGAUUUGUCCAGGUCGUUCUCUUGCUUCUGGCGUUCGCUCAGGUCCCUGUUCUUCUCUUCCUCAAGCCUUUCUACCUUCGUUGGGAGAACAACCGCGCACGCGCCAAGGGUUACCGUAGUAUAGGUGAAACUUCCCGGGUUAGUGCUUUGGACGGUGACGACGACGAGCCCAACGGCCACGGUAACAGCUUCGACGAGGAUGGCGAGGGAGUUGCUAUGAUCUCUCAAAACAUUGAUGAGGAGCACGAGGAGUUCGAGUUCAGUGAAGUGAUGAUCCACCAGGUCAUCCACACUAUUGAAUUCUGUCUCAACUGUGUUUCCCACACUGCUUCCUAUCUCCGUCUCUGGGCUCUGUCCCUUGCUCACCAGCAGCUGAGCAUAGUGCUCUGGUCUAUGACUCUUGGUCCUGCCCUGAAGACGCCAGGCGUUAUGGGCGUCAUUAUGAUCGUUGUUUGCUUCACCAUGUGGUUUUUCCUGACUAUUGCUAUUCUCGUCUGUAUGGAGGGUACUAGUGCCAUGUUGCACUCCCUUCGUCUCGCUUGGGUCGAGUCGUUCUCCAAGUUUGCCGAGUUUGCGGGAUGGCCUUUUGCGCCUUUCUCGUUUGACACACUGCUAGAAGAGUCGGAAGAGCUCAAGGACUACUUGGGUUAA